GCCUCUCGACACAGCCCAUCUGGCGCAAGCUGUGGGACGAUGUGAUGAAAACCAGGCCGCCCAACUCGGAGAGUAUAACCUGCUGGAGGAAGAAGUUCCUUGAAACAUUCUUCUCGAAUGUUCUUCACGGUGUCUUGGAUGUGUCCUCUGACUGGCGCCUCAACGACCGCCACUUUUCUCCGCUGCUCCACAGCUCCCCGCACGUUUCCCAGCUUACCCUCUGCAACAUGCUGCAGGGCGUGGUGGAGCUCACUGCUGAGCACAACCAGAAAGUACUUGAAAACCUGGCUGGCUCCCUGCGGAUCCUGAAGUUCCAGCACCUCCUCUCCUCUGACCCGUCCAUCAGGCAUUUGCUGGUUUCCCUUCUUCACCGGCUGAUUCACCAUGGCUCUGUCAGCCAGGUGUCCAUGUAUUCCUGGCCUGUUCCCGACACAGUUCUUCUCGUUCUCAUUUUGAGCACGAGUGCUGGGUUUUGGCGCUCGGGAAAUGCCCUGGUGUAUCACAGCAGCCCGUGUGGCCUUUGCAGAGAGGAGCAUGAGGCCCGAAGCCAGGAGGCGGCACAGGAGCGAGCAGAGCGGAGUGAUGGUGAGAACCCAAAGGGAUCCUCCAGAGCCCUGGAGGAGGCUGAUAUGGACGUGAAUGGAUACGGGGCUGAUGCUUGCUUGAACUCUGCCCUCUCCAGAUCAAGAAGUCCUCCUCUGCAUAACCAAGUACGUGAGGAGGCAGACAGCAAGGUGCCCUGUGACCACGCCAAUAUUCAGGGAGGGUCUCCUCCUCAUAGCAUCUCAGACCAGCUGCCCUGUCACCCUGUUCUUCGAAAGACACCCAGGCGGCUGAAAACUGCGGUAGGGAAGAAACGUCGCUGCCUCAGACGAAGCAGGGCAGCAUGUGCUGACCCAGAAGAUCUAUAUGAUUUUGUUUUCACUGUUGCUAGAGAGGAUAAUUCAGGGUUACUUGACAAAAACAGUGCCACAAGGGGAGAAAACACUGAGACUUGGUCUAGUUCCUCCCCAGGAUCUCCAUGCACUGGCCAUGCUGGCUGUAAGAAGAGAGGAGAAUCUGGUGGGAUCUCUUCUCUGAAGGCUCCUCACCGCUUCCGAAGCGUGUCCACACUGGAAUUGUUCUCCAUUCCCUUGACUGGGGAGACAUGUCGGACUCUGAGUAACCUGCUGAGCUCCUGGGUGUCUUUAGAAAACUUGGUUCUGUCAUACAAUGGCCUGGGUGCCAACAUCUCCUGCAUCCUCUCUGGGCUCCGGGCCCUCUCCCGGCACUCGGGCUGCCGGCUCCGCGUGCUGCGCGUCAGCGACGUCUUCUCCCACGUGCCCUGCGUGGAGCUCGUGCGCGGCGUCCUGAGCGCCUGUCCCCAGCUCCGCACGCUCUCCGUCAGCUUCGACCUCAAAAGCCAGCCGGACAGGAGCAGGCCAGAGGGCAGCGCGAGCUGCGGCGAGGCAGAAAUCCCAGAGAGCUGCCUGGAGCAGUUGGAGAUCCGAUUCCCCAGGGAACCGCUGCACACCACCUUCUUGCUGCCAGUGCUCAAGGCAUCAAAGUCCCUCCAGCAGCUGUCCCUUGACAGUGCCACACUGCCCUGUUCUCAGGAACUUGGGUUCCUUUUGGAGACACUCAAAGAGUGUAAUCCAAAUUUGAAGAAACUGAGCUUUCAUGAUGUGAACCUGGCCGAACACCAGAAAGAAGUUCUGCUUCUGCUUCAGGAUCCUGUCCUGCAAGAAAUCACCUUUUCCUUCUGCCGACUGUUUGAAAGCUCUACUAGCGAGUUUUUGUUGGAAAUAGUCAAUACAGUGAAAAGAAAUUCAUCUUUGAAGAGCCUCAAGCUACCUGGGAAUCGCCUUGGGAAUCACAGGCUGGUUGCCCUUGCAGACAUUUUCGCUGAAGAUUCCUCCUCUUCUCUUUGCCAGCUGGAUGUCAGCUCCAAUUGCAUCAAACCUGAUGGGCUGCUGGAGUUCACAAAGAAGCUGGAAGGCCACAUCCAGCAGCGAGGGGGACAGAUUCAAUUCACACAUCUCCGCCUCUUCCAAAAUUGGCUGGACCAGGAUGCUGAAACAGCUCAAGAAGCCCUUCGGCGUCUCAAAGCUGUGUGCAGUGUAGUCAACGACUCGUGGGACUCCUCCCAGGCCUUUGCUGACUACAUCAGUGUCAUGUGA